AUGGUUGGCUGUUGUGCUGUUGGUUGCACAAAUAGCACUCAAAAAGGUGUUAAUAUGAAACGGUUUCCUAGUGAUCCGGAACGAAGGAAGGUUUGGUCCGAAAAAGUCGAUAGAAAAAACUGGACUCCGACCGAUGCUUCUCGUCUAUGUGAGGCUCAUUUUACUCCGGAGAUGUUUGAACAAAAUCGAGCUGAUGGACAACGUAGACUGAGAUGGAAUGCGAUUCCAACCAUAUUUUCUCAUAUCCCACACAACAAAUCUUGGAAACCUACGACCAUAAGAUAUCCUACAAGGACAAAGUAUGAAUCAAAAGAAGAGCAAUCAGUCUUUGCAGUUAAUAGUGUAUCACAAGUUCCAGAUUUUUGGAAGAAUCCUCAUAAUGCUAAUUACUGUGAUGAAGAGGAGAAUUACGUAAUGUCUGAAAGUACCGACAUCACAAUUAAGGUUGAACCAGGUUUAAUUGAUGAUGUGUAUCAACAUGAUAUAUCAAAUGAUAAUACAAAGGAUUUCUUGAAAGGAUGCUGUCGAAUUAAAGAGAAUGAAGAUCCAGAUUCUGUGAAUCAGGAAGAACAUCUAGAUUCUAUGAUAGAUAUUGAUAACACAAUUUUCAUCAAACAAGAAAAAGAUGAAGGUUAUAUGAAUUUUCCUCAUGAAGGAGUAAAAAUUAAGACAGAACCAGGUCUUAGUGAAGAUGAUGUAUGAAAUGGCUGAAAAAUAAUGUGACAGUAAAGUGGAGGGAAAAAAUGGAUCAUAAUGAACUAUGAUAUAAAUAUUUAAUUAUAAAAUGUUAAAUAAUCAUAUGAGAAAUAAUGAUCUAUGUCAUUCCUCUGAGUACCGGACUGCUGAGCCGUUAUCAGAAGAAAUGAGUAAAGAGGAAGUUAAAAUAGCUAUUGGAAAAUUAAAAUCUUAUAAAGCAGCUGGAACCAAUAGCAUUCCUUGUUAACUAAUUAAGACAUCGAGAAAAGCUGGAGUUAUUAAAAACACUUGUUGGUCAAAACGAUAUGGAAGAAUUUAAGUUCAGAACUUUUUAUCAUUUACAGUCUAUUUUAUUUUAAAACUUAAUAAAUUCCUCAAACCAA